AGAAGGUUCUCCCUUCCAUUGGAAACGAGGUUUUAAAAGCGGUGGUCGCGCAGUUCAAUGCGGACCAGCUGCUCACUGAACGUCCCCAGGUUUCUGCUUUGGUCAGAGAGAGCUUAAUCCGCAGGGCCAAAGACUUCAACAUUGAAUUGGAUGAUGUUGCCAUAACCCACUUGUCAUAUGGCCCGGAGUUCUCAAAGGCCGUAGAGCAGAAGCAGGUGGCACAACAGGAAGCUGAGCGGUCUAAAUUCAUUGUGAUGAAGGCUGAGCAGGAGCGCAGGGCUGCCAUUGUUCGUGCUGAGGGUGAGAGUGAGUCUGCAAAGUUGAUUUCAGAUGCUACUGCUGCAGCUGGCUCAGGGUUAAUAGAGCUUAGAAGGAUUGAGGCCUCUAAGGAGAUUGCAUCAACCCUGGCUAAGAGUCCUAAUAUCCAGUACUUACCUAAAAACAAUAAUUUGCUUCUUGGGCUCAGCCGUUGAGCAGUGAACUUACAAAGGGAGGGGUGCACCGUUGCUUGCUAUCUCCAUCCAGACAAGAGUGCGUGUUUCUAUUGCAGCUAGUUUGAGUCAUCAGUAUGAGAGAGAACUCUGGGUAGAUCUUAGUCUGAACAUCUCCAUUGUCUUCCUACCUGUUCUUUAUUUUGUUGCAGUUGGAUUGAUGGUCAUUUUCUCUUAUUUGCAAAAACAAGUGCAGCGAGUUGGUGCUGUGAACAGCUCUUACAAUGACUUUAAAAAAGUGCUCUAUUCACCAACUAAUUUUUUUUACUCCAAGAGGCGAGAGCUAGGAGCAUAUUUUACUGCUUUAACUUGUCCUUUUUUUCAUUCAAGACAAUUCAAUCCAUUAUGGCCUUGCUUACUCUGGGUUGAUGGGUUAAUCUCUUAUUCUGUAAUAGUAAGAAAAAGUAUUUUAUACUUGAACGAAAAACACGGGUAAGACCACGAGAUGCAAAGUUGUUGAAGAAAAUAAAAAGAAAAGUUUAGUUUGGGUCCCAAACUUUGGGACAACCUAAAUGAGAAUGAGGUAUCUUAUUU